GACUAUCCUUCCAGCAGGUGGCAUAGGAAAGUCAUCCUGCUCCCUGUGCAGGGCGAGAAACCUGACGCUGACGGACUGCUCUCUGGGAGCAGCCGCUUGUGGCUGGACAAGAAACCAGGAAAUGCACAUUCCUUUUAUGUGGAAAAGCACCCUUGGGGACAGAGCACCAUGGGAAACCAGCUCUGCUGUGGGGGAAGCUGGAGCUGUCCAUCAUCUUUCCACAAGAAAAAGAAAAGAGGGAGUCAAGCAAGAGGAAGAACAGAGAAGAAGCAGCAGAAGAGCACAAAGGGCCCAGACACAAUGGGACAUACCUAUGAGCUGGUGUCGGAGUUGCCCAGGUCUGGAGAGGGGAGUCGAGGCCCUCAGUCAGAGGACAGCAGCUUGCAUUAUGCAGACAUCCAAGUGUGCAGCCGUACCCAGCCAAGAUCUGCCCGAGAGGUGAAGCACCUACAGAUAGAGAAUGCCACCGAGUAUGCAACCAUUAGAUUUCCCCAGGGCACACCCCACUAUGACAGCAAAAAUGGCACCCUUGUGUAAGCCCUGGGUACUAAACGCUGUGGAACGGAAAAUAUGUGGCAGUCCCUAUCCUAUAUCACCAGAGGACAAAAGUCCUACACUUCUACAAUAGAUAAUCUGAUGCUGUUGGGGACUAGGUGACAGCCCCUCUUUCUUUGUUUCAAAAUGUCUCUGGGCUCCCUGGAGUUUUAAGGCCUGGCUCCUAUUCCAGGGUCUGUCUAUGUGUUUUAAGAACAGAACUACGCUGGUAUCUGAAACCCAAGGUCGAAUGAAAUCUUCACAAAACAGACAGAGCUAGGCUCAGUUUCGGAGAGCGAUAGGCUAGUCCUUGCUCCCAGGAAAAACACAAAAAAUGACGGUAACUUUAUAAGCAACUGGACAAAAGCCUGAUUACCACCUGGGGGUAAUUCGAUCUAGAGGAAACCCAGAAGCCCGAGAAACAAUUAAUCCCUGAAGAUGCUGCUUCCUGGGGCUCAGGCUCUCCUUCCCACCAAGGGAAAGCACAAUGUUCAUGCCCGUUCUGAGACCAGCAGCUCCCUGUCCAUCCAGUCGUGGAAAGUGGACACAGAAACU